AUGUCGCCACCGCCCGCGUUUGCUGAGCAUACUGAAGUUGUUGAUCCGUCCGUCAAGGAGAGGGAGGCAGAUGACUCCGUCGAAAUUUCUGAACCCCCUAUCCUUGACGAGGAGAUGAACAGAAAGCUGCUUCGCAAGAUAGAUAUGCUCUUAAUGCCUGUUAUGUGUUUUACCUACGCUCUCCAAUACUACGACAAGGCACUUCUUAGCCAGGCUGCUAUUUUUGGGCUAAGAAAGGACCUUGGCCUCGAGAAUGGGCUGAAGUAUUCGUGGGUUUCGUUGAUCUUCUACUUCGGGUAUAUUGCUGGUUGCUACCCUAUUUCCUGGCUAUCCCAGAAAUUCACGGUUGGCAAGGUCUGCCCUAUAAUCUGCUUCCUUUGGGCUGUGGUAGUCUUGUGCACUCCGGCAUGCAAUAGCUAUACCGGUAUACUUAUUAACCGCUUCAUGCUGGGUCUGAUAGAGAGUGGAGUUUCGCCAGCAUUCAUGCUCUGCACUGGCAUGUGGUAUACCCACUCAGAACAGGUCUUCCGAUCCUCGUUGUGGUACUCCUUUAGCGGCGGAUCAAACAUCAUAUCUCCUCUCAUCAACUACGGUCUCGGUCAUGUCACCGGUGGAGCUCUCCAUCCAUGGCAAUACAUGUAUCUAAUUGCCGGGCUCGCAACACUAAUGUGGUCCAUCGUCCUGUGGGUUGUGUUCCCCGGUAGCCCUCAAGUGGCAAAGGGUUUCACUGCCGAGGAACGGGCUCUCAUCCUGGAGCGAGUGCGCAUUAACAAUGCAGGUGCCGAGAACCGUCAUUUCAAAUGGUACCAAGUCAAGGAGGCUCUCCUGUCUUACCAUUUUUGGUUUGUAUUCGUUCUCUCCCUUCUGUCAAGCAUUGGCAGCGGAGCAGUCACUACGUUUGGCUCGAUUAUCUUCCAGGGAAUGGGAUUUACGACUUUCCAAUCCCUGCUGCUGAAUAUGCCUGUUGGCGCCCUUGCCUUUAUCUGUGUCCUUGGGUCUGGGUAUAUUGGAUUGAAGGUCCCCAAUUCACGGCUCUACGUUGUGAGUGGCGCAUGCGUGCCAGUUAUUGUUGGGAGCUGUCUGAUAUGGCAGCUUCCCUCUUCCCAGCGUCCCGCUCGCAUUAUAGGAUUCUAUCUCAUCAACUUCUUCGCCUCGGCCUGGGUCCAAUGUAUUGCCAUGGGGACAUCAAAUGUGGCCGGGCACACAAAAAAGGCCACCAUGGCCGCCGGGACGUUCAUGGGCUACUCACUGGGCAAUAUCAUCGGGCCACUCACCUUUAACGCUAAUGAUGCCCCACGUUACGACCACGGCUUCCAAGCCACGGUCAUCUGCUUCUCCAUCUGUUUUGUUUUGGCGCAGGUAUUCAGGGCCCUGAUGUACGCUCAGAACAAGAAAAGAGACAGCAAGUACGGGCCAUCGACACAGGAACACGCUCUGGAGGACUUGACUGACGGAGAAAAUAAAUCAUUUCGGUACCCCUUGUAG